CGAACUGUCAGCUUCUUCAGCUGCAAAAUAUGAACCCACAAAAUAUUGGUCACGGAUGGCCCAAAAAUUAUAACAAUGAUGCACUGGUACCAAUGGAACGAACUGUCUACUUAUAUCCAUUAAGUAACUACACUUUUGGUACAAAAGAAGCUUUGUAUGAAAAAGAUAGUUCAGUUCAAGCUCGUUUUCAAAGAAUGCGUGAUGAGUUUGAUACUUUAGGCAUGCGUCGCAAUGUCGAGGGUUGUUUAAUUGUCCAUGAGCAUGGUUUACCUCAUAUUUUACUUUUGCAAUUAGGAACUACAUUUUUUAAGCUUCCUGGAGGAGAGCUCAUGGCUGGUGAAGAUGAAAGCGAGGGUUUAAAGCGUUCUAUGAGUGAAAUGCUAGGAAAACCUGAUGGGACUGAUCCAAUUGCAUGGCAAUGUGAAGAUGUUUUGUCAAAUUGGUGGAGACCAAAUUUUGAAACUCCAAUUUACCCUUAUAUUCCUGCUCAUAUUACAAAACCUAAAGAACAGAAAAGAAUUUUUUUAACACAACUCCCAGAAAAAGCAACAUUUAAUGUUCCGAGAAAUUACAAGCUAGUUGCUGCACCACUUUUUGAGCUUUUUGACAACCCACAGGGCUAUGGCCCAGUGAUUUCUACCUUGCCAUGUUUAUUGAGUAAAUAUAAUUUCAUAUAUAUGUGAAAUUAUAAUAGUUGAGGUUUCUUAAUUGCAAACCAAGAAGCAAAAUUAGGUACAACCUUUAAAGGAAUAUAACAUUUGAGAACUUCAAGUCUAAAAGUGGAAUAAUUACUCAAAAAUUGUAUUUUAUAUCUUUUAUUGAAAGAAGAGAUUUAAUAUUAUUUUA